GCCCUGGAUUGAGGGGUGGAAGGAAACUCAUUGAGGCUGGUUGGGGAAACGGAGCCCAGGAAGCAGGAGAGAGGAGUUUAGAGUAGAAGGGGUGGAGUUUGUCUGGGGUAUGGCUUAGAGAAGUAGGUAGGCCUAGCGAGGGGGGCGGAGUUUAAGGGUGUAAUUUGAAGGGGUUUAAUGCAACUGUCAGGUCCUUAUAAUGAAUGUGGAAAGGACUUGCAGGGGAUGGGAAGAGACUUCGUAGAGAAGGCCUGAGAAGGUGACAGGAGUCCAGUGGAUGGUCUUAGAAAGGAUGUGGCUUCUUUAAAGGAAAAAUUGGGUGGAGUUUUGGAAGUGGGUCUUAGUGGAGCCGAGAGGGGCUUAGUGAAGUCAAGUAACUUAGCAAGCAUGGUAGGACUUAAGGAGGAAACCAGGAAGAACUUACGGGAUAAUAGUCAUCCAAACAGCUUACUUGUUGCGUCUUUGCUGUGCACCAGCUUAAGUAGGCACGAAACAUUUAUUGCCACUGUUUUACUUAAUUCUCGCCACCACUCUAUGAGGUAGGUACUACUAUUCCCAUUUUGCAGAUGAAGAGUUUUUGUUGUCUGAUGUUACAGGACUAGUUAUGGUCUCCCUGCAAGGAUGACUCCAGUGUGCUUAGUCCCAAAUCUUUGCCCUCCCAUUUGCUAAGUGAUCAUCCUGGAAGAGGAGUGGGAGGAGCGCAGAGGGGAGUGGAAGGGCCUUUUGGAGGGAAAAGGGCUUGGCAAAGAAUACAAGAUGCUUAGGGAACAGUGUAGGGGCUUUGAAGGGAGUAGGAAGAGUGGGAGAGGCUUAAAUUACAGCGGGAGGGGCACUGAGAGGAGUGGCCGCGCAUUGGCGAAGAGGGGGAGAGGCUUAAAAACGCUCCGUGGAGUGAGGAGACUGGGAAGUGAUUAGGAAGAUUGCCAGAGGAGUGGAGCAGAGGGAGAAGGGUUUCUAAGAGAGUAGGAGGAUUUUAAAGAACAAUGAGAGGGGCUUAGAGAGGUGGGCAGUGGGAGGCUUUCCCAGGGGACAGGUGGUGGGUCUGGGAGCCUGGGAGGAGAGGGCUGAUGGGGACCCUACCCCCUCACCUGCUCCUCUGUCUCCUCCCUACUCCAGAGAGAGCCCCCACACACCACUGUAUUCCCCGCCACCAUGGAUGACGUCCCGGCCCCAACCCCUGCACCAGCACCGCCCGCCGCUGCCGCCCCCCGGGUCCCAUUUCACUGCAGUGAAUGUGGCAAGAGCUUCCGCUACCGCUCAGACCUGCGGCGCCACUUUGCCCGACACACAGCGCUCAAGCCCCACGCGUGUCCGCGCUGCGGCAAGGGCUUCAAGCACAGCUUCAACCUAGCCAACCACCUGCGCUCGCAUACCGGGGAGCGGCCCUACCGCUGCUCCGCCUGCCCCAAGGGGUUCCGCGACUCCACCGGCCUGCUGCACCACCAGGUCGUCCACACUGGUGAGAAACCCUACUGCUGCCUGGUCUGCGAGCUCCGCUUCUCCUCACGCUCCAGCUUGGGCCGCCACCUCAAGCGCCAGCACCGCGGGGUUCUCCCCUCUCCCCUGCAGCCCGGCCCUGGCCUGCCCGCCUUGAGUGCGCCCUGCUCCGUCUGCUGCAAUGUGGGGCCCUGCUCGGUGUGCGGGGGGGAGCCGGCGUCCGGGGAGCCCCCGUCUGGCUCUGGCCGCGGCAAGAAGAUCUUCGGCUGCUCCGAGUGCGAGAAGCUGUUCCGCUCCCCGCGAGACCUGGAGCGGCACGUGCUGGUGCACACUGGCGAGAAGCCGUUCCCGUGCCUGGAGUGCGGCAAGUUCUUCCGCCACGAGUGCUACCUCAAGCGCCACCGGCUGCUGCAUGGCACCGAGCGGCCCUUCCCCUGCCACAUCUGCGGCAAGGGCUUCAUCACGCUCAGCAACCUCUCCAGGCACCUGAAGCUGCACCGGGGCAUGGACUGACUGCCAGGCCGUGCCCUGCCCUCCACCCAGCCACCUGGACUCAGCCUGGACCAGGGGACCUCAGUACUGCGAGUGAGGCCCCGGCCCUCCAAAUCCAAAUCCAGACACAGGCCCUGAAAUGAGGGGACCCUGACUGGAGAAGUCGAGGCCACCAAAAACCCACACAGGCCCCAGAGCUGGGGGACCACAAACAAACAGGGUCCUUAGCUGGGGCAGGGGAGCCCAAAUCUAUGGAGAGACUCCUGAGCCUGAGGUCCCUGAAAUGAGUGUGGGUAGCCCUAAGUCCCCAAGACAUGGGAACUUUGCAGUGAGCAAUGGGUCUCCACAAGUACCUCUCAUCUUGAGGGCCCUAAUAAUAAAAGAUGGGCACCUGCCCCACCAAGGGAAGACUGCCCCAUUCCCUGAGAGCCAUCAUUCCCAACGACCUUGAUCUGGAGAAUGUGGAGGGAACAUGUUCCUGAAUUUUCCUAGAUCUCCUCCAAAUGCUACCACCAGAGUCACUGAUGACCCCAGAAAAUGGAUAUAGCCGAAAUCUGCCUUUCCCCGUUUUCAUUCCCUGUACUGAAAGAGGGACCAGGGUAGAUGCCCCCUGCCCUCUAAUCCCCCCUCCCUGACUGUGGAAUGGAUCGACCUUAAUGAUCUUCCCCACCCCCAAACACUAGAAUAGACUGGCCUGAAAUACCCUUGUCCAGUAGGAUGGACUGAUCUGUAUGCACACACCCCCAUCACAUGGAAUGGGCUGGUCUAGGCUGUGGCCUGCACCCCACCUUCCUUAGAGUGAAUAGGGCAGAUACUCCUCCCUUUUCCUGUAGCGUGUGGACCGGUCCACGCCAUUCUUUGUCCUGUGAACUCAUCUGAGUGGGAAGUGGCGGACACUGGGGUUUCCCUCCCUCUCUCCGUGGCACCCAUUGGUCUUUCCAUCUCUGUUGGUUUGUCUGUCUCUGUCUUCCUCCCGACCCCAAGGGGAAGGGGGCACUUGGCUACGGGGUGCCCCUGUGAGCCUAGACCUCGUCCCCUCGUCCCUCUCCCCAAUGUUUUCAGGACCCCCAAUAAACCUUGUCCUGUCAGUCGCUGA